CAAACUUGAUCUUAAUUAAUUCUGAAGUAGAUGAAUGGCUUUGUAAAUGAACAUCCUUUGGUAAUCAACCAUUUAACAGACAAAAUAUUGGUGCAAAUUAAAAAGAAGAGACAAAUGUUUUGAUCCCGGGGGCAUGUUGAAGAACAUUGUUUAAUAGCACAAUCAGAUAUCAAGAGAAACAGGAAAUCCCAGCCCCACUGAUUUAACUCACAUUUUAACUGAUAUGGAUGGGCUGGAGCAUGGGCAAUAACAAUGUCAAAGGUCACAGCCUCUGGCCCACGCACUGCAUGCCCAACCUAACGGAGCCCCACCUGGAGGGGGACGAGGAUCCAUUGGAAGACAACUCCGGCCAGCCUUCUGAUGCCCUCCUACUGGACAAUCUGAUCACAAAUAAUGAUUACAAAGAACUAGAAAAGUUCAUUAACAAUACAAAUGUGGAUGUCAAUGUGGAAUUAAAUGAGAAGAAAGAAACAGCCCUGAUUAUAGCAGUCAAACUCAGCCAUGUUGAGUGUGUCCAAGUGUUGCUGGCUGGAAAGUCGUGUUCCAAGAACUGUCUUAAUGUCAAUAAUUGCUCAGCAUUUGACGUGGCUUUGAUAACUGCCUUUGAUAAUCGGUUGGAACCAAGACAUUCCAUCUGCUGGGAAAUCAUCAAGUUGUUGAUGAAGGCUGAUGCGGAACCGAUCUGUAAGGACGCCAUGAUGUACACCGUUAGGACGGCAUUUAAGUUUCAGGAUGACAAAUUUCUGCACAUGCUCAUUACUAUGGCCCAGCAGUGCUCCAACUCAAUUUUGUUUCACGAACUUCUCCUCAAAAUACUGCAUCGGCAUCAACCGAUCUAUGUUGACCCCCUGGAUCCAAUCCUUAUGAACAUGUCUGAUUUUAGUUUAAAACUUUUACGAUGGGCCCCUUCCACAGAUUUGGAUUUCGUAAUUCGCUCCCUAUUUUAUUACUUUGAAUGUUACUGGAAGUCUCGACGGAAGAGAAUGAGGACAUUUUUCAAGUUGACAAUGUAUGCAAUAGCGGCAGGCUGGGUUUAUCAGACUUCCAAUGUGUACCACAUCUCCCGAUCAUGUCCCCACUUGGCCAAAUGGCUGAUCCAGCAGAUGAAGACCCCGCCCACCCUGAGACACCUGUCACGUGUCUCAUUCCGGCAGCACAUUGUCUGUCCCGUGCCCGUGGCUAUUGAGGGACUUCCGUACCCUGUGCCUGAAUUGCUGAAGCGAUACCUGCUGAUGGAAGACGUGGACGCUCUGUGUAGCUUAGCCAACAGCAACAUCAAUCAUGUCUCGUUCUGAUUGGAUCGCCCUGUGUAGCCUAGGCAACGUCAAUAUCAAUGUCUUGUUCUGAUUGGAUCGCCCUGUGUAGCCUAGGCAACGUCAAUAUCAAUGUCUUGUUCUGAUUGGAUCGCCCUGUGUAGCCUAGGCAACGUCAAUAUCAAUAAUGUCUUGUUCUGAUUGGAUCACCCUGUGUAGCCUAGGCAAUGUCAAUUUGGCCAGUUUUGUAAACACUAAGUUUACACUUUCAAAUAUUGGGAAAAGUAAAUAAACUUUGCUUAUUCUCAUGAAUAAUUCAUGCCCCAUUUAACUUGUGUUUUUUUAACUUUUUGGAAGGAAAUUUUAACCAGUUGCUUUAAUACUUAUUAAGGAUGCUUUUAUUAAUACCAACAUGUUUUUGCAAGAGUACCAUUUUGAUACUUCUAAAACUAUAAAGCUUUGCUCUCUUGUUGGUGGAUUGAGAAUACGACCGGUAAAUAUUUUUACAAAUGAGAAGAGAAAAGUUCAAUGUGUUCGACCCAGCCAAUAAGAAGGGAUCUGAUUUUUCUUGAUGUCUGACGAUGUAUGCUGAAUUAAUCCUUUCAUGUAUUUUGGCUUCAAAUGAAACAAUUACUUAUAAACAUGUGAAUUGUUCUUAAUUAUCAUUUGUAUUGAAGAUCUACUGUACUUGUUUACAUGGUGUAAUGCCUUGUCUGUAUAAUUAAUGUGUGUAAUACUAAUAAUACAGCUAUGUGUGGAAUUGAAAAUGGAGUUUGAUCAUGUUUAAUCACCCCCCCCCCCCCCCCCCUUCCUUCCCAUUAUUCCUUGCCAAUGCUGCAUAUAUACAAUUUAUAACUCUAGUCUCACUGUCUAUAAUAUUUUCUCCUUUCAUUUUUGUAUUUUACGUUAUGGUUUUAUUUCAAUCAAGGAAAGUUUGUCUAAUCUAUUCUCUCUUGCAUCCUCUGAAAUAUUUUUAAAGUGCAAUUUCUGUGUAUUUUUUAAUUUAUGAUAAGAUUUUUCAUUGUUGCUAUGGUGACUACCUCAAGGAUGUUGAUAUCAUCUUAAGGAUUUUUCAUUGCUAUUUCGUGGAUGAUUUUUAUCAUUAUCCCAUACUUAUUUCCUCUGUUUGAUAUACUGUAUACAGAAACACCUUAUGUCCAUGCAUGACAAUAAUCUCCGUCAGGACAAGUUAUUUCCCCUUCAUGUUUAAUCAUUACUUAACAAAGAAAUAGGUAUUUAUACAUUUGAGAAAAAACCCAAAUUGUAAUAUGUCAAACAUGCAAGACUCUUAAAUUUAGAAAACAUGUAUUAAUUUAUCAGUUCAAAUGAAAAUUUGUGUAAUUAAGGGUAAAGUGACCAUUUAUUUUAAUAAAGUUACUGUUUUAAAUUUAAAAUUAAGAAGUCUAGAACAUGUAAUGUGUCAAUCCAUGUAAAUGAACAAUAAUUAAAUGACUCCAUUCUA